AUUGAUUUAAUUUAAAGGAAUCUAAAUAAUUAAAUAUGGCUGCGCGAGAAUCUGGUAGGAUAAAAGACGCGUAUCAAAAACGAGUGCUCGACGAUGCAGCGCGCAGACGCAGGCAAAAGAAAGCGUUGGAAGCUUUGGAACAAGAUAACUUUCACGAUGAUCCGCACGCAGAUCUAGUAAUGAGCAAGAAAGUUCCAAAGUUCCAAGAGACUCUAGACAACAGAGGCGGCAGAAGGAAGAAAACUAGAUCAGCCGAAUAUUACAAGCAACGUUUUCGCAAAACGUUUGCUCAAUUGGUGGAAGAGGAUCUCAGCAUUAACCCAAAUUCCCCUAACUACGUUUCUGCUCAAGCACCGCCAUCGCGUUUCCCCGAAAGACAGUUCUGUGCAGUUUGCGGUUUCCCUAGCAACUAUACGUGUAUCCCGUGUGGUGCUAAAUAUUGCAGCAUGAAAUGCUUGGGCACUCAUCUAGACACGAGGUGUUUAAAAUGGACGGCUUAAUUUUUUAUAGAUAAUAAGAUACUAGGUAUUAAUCAUACACUUUAUGAAUUACAUUUCUUCCAUUGUAAAUAUAUCGGUACUAAUAACAGUAAGGAAAAGAAUAUACUGAAUAAAGUUUGUUAUUUUUAUAGCAAUUUGCGUCCUUGUCAUACUAAAGACCUUUUACGUUAAGAAAAUAUUUUUAUCGAAUGUUUUUAAACGUACCUAUUACUGCGCAGGUUUGGAAGUUCCUAAAUCUUUUACACAACGCGAACACUAAAUGUAUCUUAUUUGUAGUGUUAUGUAUACAAUUCUAUACGAGUUUCUAACGUAUGCUAUGUUUGAUAGUUCUUAAUCAGAAAUGUAUAUA